UAAGUGUCAAACAGGUUACACGGAUGGCCGAGUGUCUGCAGGUUUUCGCUGUCAUCUCGUAUGACAUUGAUUAAAUUAGGUCACUGAGAGUAUCAAAACUUACGGGUGCGUGUCCAAUAUGUGUAAUCUUAAUACCAUAAGCCGGUUGUUUGCAAUAGCCAGAAAUCGAGGUGACUUAAUCGUCCUCCGCCACACAAGGUUUCGAUAGGAAAUUUCGGCAAGCAUCUAUAUAUUUCAGUCUCCUCCUCCACAUUUACGUCAGAAGGUCAACAGCGGAAAAGGUUACAGGCAAUGCAACCAAGAUGGCGGCCUCCUUGAGUCAGUGUUACCAGCUGUGUGUCAGAAGAAGUUUGCUUGCAUCCUGUCCUUCAAAUGUUCUCCUGUACAACAGACCUCAUAUAUACAGGAUUUGUGGGUCUCUAGGAGGUUGCUCACAGGUACGGUAUGCCUCCGAUAGGGAAGGUGGGCGAAAAGGCUUCUUUGGAGGGUUCUUGGACAAUCUCAAACAAGAGCUCAGCAAGAACAAGGAGAUGAAGGAGAACAUCAAGAAGUUUCGUGAAGAGGCCAAAAAGUUGGAAGAAUCAGAUGCUCUCAAUCAAGCUCGGCGGAAAUUUAAAACCAUUGAGUCUGAAACUGUGAAGAAGUCUGAAGUUCUAAAGAAGAAGUUUGGUACCUUGUCGGAGACAGUGAAAGAGAGUCUUGGAGAGGUCAGUCGUUCAGAUAUAGGAAAGAAGAUCAUGGAGGGUAUGGAGGAAGCUGCAAAGACAGCCAAAACGUCUGCAGAGACCGUGUCCAAGAGUGGGGAGAAACUGGGAAAGACCGGUGCCUUCAGAGCAAUAUCACAGGGUAUGGAGAGUGUGAAGAAGGAGAUUGAUGACCUUAAUCAGACUGGUCCCUACCGGGCACCCAAGAGAUUACGGAAGAGGAGUGACUUUUCGUCCAAAUCUGCAGAAAAUGAGAACAAGGUGUUCGAGGCCAAUGAGGAGGCCAUGGGAGUGGUGCUGCACAAGGACUCCAAGUGGUACGCACAGUGGAAGGACUUCAAGGACAACAACAUGGUUUUUAACAGAUUUUUUGAGAUGAAGAUGAAGUAUGAUGAAAGUGAGAAUGCCCUGAUCAGAGCGUCUCGUGCUGUCACAGAUAAAAUGACCGACCUCAUAGGUGGGCUCUUCUCCAAGACAGAAAUGUCAGAGGUGCUGACAGAAGUUCUAAAGGUUGACCCGUCGUUUGACAAGGAUGGCUUCCUCAAGCAGUGUGAAUAUGACAUUAUCCCUAAUGUCCUGGAGGCCAUGAUCCGAGGGGAGUUGGAGGUGCUGAAGGAUUGGUGUUACGAAGCGACGUAUAGCCAGCUGGCCCAUCCCAUCCAACAGGCCAAGGCAAUGGGUCUGCAGUUCCACUCGAAGAUCCUUGACAUAGACAACAUUGAUCUGGCCAUGGGGAAGAUGAUGGAGCAGGGUCCCGUGCUCAUAAUCACCUUCCAGGCCCAGCUGGUGAUGGUGAUCCGCAACACUAAGGGAGACGUCAUAGAGGGAGACCCUGACAAGGUGCUAAGGAUGAUGUAUGUGUGGGCUCUGUGUCGCGACCAGGAGGAGCUCAACCCCUAUGCUGCCUGGAGACUCCUGGACAUCUCUGCCUCCAGCACCGAGCAGAUUCUCUGAGAGGCCCUCAUAUUCACUGUGGGGGGAGGGGGGGGGGGGGGCUGUAUGACUGAGGGACGGAGGCGGGCUGGACAUGGGCACAUAAAAACACCAGAAGGACAAGCAGUGCUGGCCCUUGUCUGCAACCCAGCUAACACAACCAAGGCUCUGGGUAGCCCCCCUGUGGACCGCCUCCUCUGCCAGCCCUUUGGGACCACACCUGUAGUGUCCACAGCUCAGGAUGGUGGAGACCCCGACUGUGUGGACCUGUGUUAACGCUGAGGGACACUAGGAGCAGGAAACCACUCUUAAGCCGUCGCCCGGUCUGACGUCUGUCUUUCUGCCGCGCCAUGCUUAGACAAGUCUGUCCAUGUCUCCCAUGUCAUUAUGUUGACUGGAGGAUGGUGUCGUUAAGGCCUCUGUACGUCCCUUCCCAUUUUGGGCAGGACACAUUUGGAUGCCAUGUGGUCCAUCAGUCCCUUGACUUAAAUGUGUAUGAUAGCCCAGUUUAAUUGUUGAAUUGAUAAAAUCUAUAUUUAUUAUUAAAUAAAAUAAAAAAUGACCCCAGGUUAA